UACACUUUAAGAUGUCGCGCCGAAAGCAGACAAAGCCGAGUCCUCUGGAAGAAUAGCCAGUCCAACUAGCAUGUUCUUGGGAGGGUGGAGGAAACCUGGAGAUCCCAGAGGAAUUGGAGAACAUGUACAAACAACAAAUGAUUUCUCUGGUUUCCACCAACCUUCCAUAUGAGCUCAGGAUCAAACCUGUGAGCCUGGAGCUGUAAGAUCAUGAAAUGGACCUCGAAAUUUCAAAACUUCCAACUCCAUACAUGGAAAGUGAGGAGGAAGAAAGAUUACUGCCAGAUGACUGCGAGUAUUACAGUGAAAGCUCUGAGAGAGAGAAAAAGAGCACAGUAGAGUCACAGAAAAUCUCUCUGCUGGAUCUCAUGAAGAAACAGAUCACUGUGAAGAGACAAAGGGAUUUCUUGGACAGUGAUGACGAGUCUGUUGUUUCAUAUAAACUUUACCAGGAACUUCAGGAUAGUUACGUAACGCUGAAAAAACGUUUCAGAGAGAAGGACUUUAUUAUUGCGGAAAAAGACUCAGCAAUCAGAAAGCUGAGUGAAAAGUGCAGAAGGAUGACGGUGGAGCUGGAUAAAAUCAGACAACUGAAUAUUUGCCUUCAAGAACAACUUUUUUUAAAAGAAGAAGGGCCACAGCCUCAACACACAAUUCACACAGAAAACACAGAAUGUUUGUAUGAGCCCUAUGAAAAGGUAUUGGUUCCCAAAGUGAAGGAACUUAAAGAACCCCCACCUGAGGAUCUCACAGAGAACGAGUUUGGGAUGGUGGCCUUUGGACAUGGGGUGCAUUUGGAAAAGCAGAAAUGGAAGGCCAUUCAAAGAAUGGAUUCUCAUUCUAAGUUUUGUAAGUCAUUGGCUGUUGCCAUUUGGGGCCUUGAGACGCUAAAGGAGAGGAGUGUGACCGGGUCCAGAUCAAAUGCCAUCAAAGGGUCGGUGGCAAAGCCUCCAUUAUCACCGGAGAAAGUUGGUGUCAUUAGAGAGUGCCUGAAGGAACGACUCCAGCAGCGUGGCUAUCAGAAGGAGGAAGUCGAUGGGCAGCUGCGAUUGGUUCGACGUUUUCUCUCUGAGAAAAUUUGCGACAUCAAAAGGAAAGUCAGUAUAAAUUUAGAGGGUAACAGCCCCUCGACCAGUUCACAAGUUUCUCAGACCUGAAGAUUCACCACACAUCAAUACCAGGUGCUACAAGAUCGUGACUACAAAGGACUGUGAAUGACUGCCGUGUAGAAAAAUGCCCUCCAUUAAUAUUUUAAUUAAUUAAUCUAAUCUACUUUUUAUUUGCUAUUAUGGAACAGUUCUGUAUAAUCCACAGUUAUUAUUAAAUGUCAUGUUAUUAAAUCAAAAGGCUUUUGAAUUCUCAAGCCUGAUUGGUCAUCAGAUGUUGAUUCAUUUUGUAUAACAGCAGAGCCAUCAGUAAUACAUAUCAUUUAAUAUCAGUUGAGGGAUAAGGGAUUCUGGUGAACCUGGGGUUCAAUCUCACAACCUUCUUGUCCAAUCAAUAGGCCAAGACCUUAAAGACUAAGC